AAGAGUACUAAGCAGACUCUUGCACUUUCAUUUUUUUUUUACCAGUAGAGAUUCCACUGCACAUUGUUUUUUUUUAAUAUUUUUUUUUAGCGAAGUGGCUAACGCUCCGACGCUUUUCUUCGUUUUUAACCUCCUUUAAAAAAAAAAAUCUUCAUCCCGAAGAACGGAAAGAAAAAAAAAUAACAAGAAAAAUUGUAAGCUGAACAGAAAUGAGCAGCCCGGAUGCUGGGUACGCCAGUGACGAUCAGACCCAGGCAAGGUGUACGAUGUCAAUCAUGAUGCCUGGUAUCGGACACUGCCAGUGGACAGACCCCUUGAGUCCUCUAGGCGAGGGGAAAAUCAAAAGUGAAGCCUGUUCCUCAACUUCUGGAAACCAUAACAGAGGGAAAGCUGAACCACGGAUAAGACGCCCCAUGAAUGCCUUCAUGGUUUGGGCAAAAGAUGAGCGCAAGCGACUUGCACAGCAAAAUCCCGACCUGCACAAUGCAGAGCUGAGCAAAAUGCUGGGCAAAUCCUGGAAAGCCCUGCCGAUGGCAGAAAAGCGCCCGUUUGUGGAAGAGGCAGAGCGCCUUCGAGUACAACACAUGCAGGAUCAUCCGAACUACAAGUACCGGCCCAGACGGAGGAAGCAGGUGAAGAGGAUCAAGAGGCUGGAGACCGGCUUCUUAGUGCACGGCGUGUCCGACCAUCAGGGCUCGGCUCUGGGGAACGAGGGCAGAGUCUGUGUGGACAGCCUCAACUACCACGAGCACAGCUAUCCCGUCCAGAGCCAGCUUCCUCAGAUGAACCACUAUCGGGAAUCCCAAAAUAUGGGGGCACAUUACGAAUCUUACAAUUUACCAACGCCCGACACUUCGCCCCUGGAUGUUGUAGAAAACGAUUCUGUUUAUUUCUCUCCGCACCCCCACUCCCAAGAAGACUGCCACAUGAUGCCCGCCUACGCGUACCACCCCCAGGCCACCGACUACCCUCCGCAGGAGCACCACGCUAACCCCAUGCUCAGGAGACACCUGUCAGAACAGAUUGCACCAAAUAACUCUUUGCCGGGUUUAAUGGGAUGCCAUAACUCACUGGCCAUGUACUAUAGUCAGUUGUGUGGUCCUACUGGCUCAAAACACACCCAAGGACAACAAAGUGGGCAGCUCUCGCCUCCACCUGACGCACACCACACGGACAACGUGGAACAAAUGCAUCCGUCCGAGCUGCUUGGAGAUGUGGAUCGCAAUGAGUUUGAACAGUAUUUGAACUCUGCCGUGCGUCCCGACAUUGUAGGCCUCUCUUUUAAUGGACACGACACAAAUAUGCCUGCCCCAGAGAAUCUUAUUUCUUCCGUUCUUUCCGAUGCCAGUACCGCCGUUUACUACUGCAAUUACAGCAAUGCUUAAUUUUUUUAUUUAAUUUUCUCAAGAUGUAUGUAGUGCCAGUACAGUAUUAUGGUGCUUUCCCAUCGAUUCUCAUGUUUAGGCCAGUUUGCAAAUUAUUUAUUGGUCUAAUUUAUCGGGAGACCACUGGAUGUUCAAGGAAAGGGAGAUUGCAGAUUUGCUUAUAACCCGUUUAUUUGGAGAUGUGGGGGUUACCUUAUUGUAAAUUUGUAUCCAAGUUUGGAUUAAAUUGUAAAACGUGUAAAUGUAUAUAGUUGUAAAUGUGUUUUCUACUUUUUGCACUUUUAAAAAAAUAAACUCC